CAGUUCCCAUAAUGAAUACAGAGAGAAGAGGCCAGGUGUCCAUCUUAAAGUGCCUUUACUCUCUCUCCCUACCCUCCUCUCUCUUUUACUUCUUUAUCAUUUUGGAUACAGAUGGCUUACUCUUGAGGCCCCUGCUCCUUCUUGUUGUUUUCUCUUACUUCUUCUGGGUUUUUUGUUGUUUUCUCUGCCAAGCAAAACCCAUCUUCAAAGAACCCAUCUUUCAAGAACCCAUCUUUGAGUUUGAAGUUGCAGAUCAGUUUCAAGGUUCAAGAACCCAUUUUUGGUGUGCUGGAAAAUGGGGUUGAAGCUUCAGUACCAGAAUGAGUACCAGUCUCCUAGAGGAGGAGCACUUGGUGCUCUUUUGCUGCUGCUCUUUCCCAUUUUCUUGCCCAGUUUGUUCAGCCCUUUUGGUCACGCUUCACCUUCAAUGCUCUCGGAAUGGAAUGUGAUGGUGAAGUCGAAUGCACAGGAAGGGAAUGUUCCAAAAUCUAGGCACCAACGCCUUCUUAGGAGUGCUUUACAACGCCAAACUUCAGAAGAAGAACUGUCAGAGUUGUGGACACCAUUGGCCAACCAAGCCUGGAAACCUUGCAUAGAACCAUCAAUUGCCCCUUCAUUACCAGAGAAAUCUGAGGGAUUCAUUCAAGUAUUUCUCGAUGGAGGGCUGAACCAGCAGAGGAUGGGGAUAUGUGAUGCAGUCGCUGUUGCUAAAAUACUGAAUGCAACUCUUGUGAUUCCAUACCUUGAAGUGAAUCCUGUUUGGCGAGAUUCAAGCUCCUUCAUGGAUAUAUUUGAUGUUGAUCAUUUCAUUAAUGUAUUGAAGGAUGAUAUAUCCAUAGUUAAAGAGCUACCUUCGGACUUCUCCUGGAGCACAAGGGAGUACUAUGCAACAGCCAUCCGAGCUACGAGAGUUAAGACAGCACCUGUUCAUGCUUCAGCCAACUGGUAUCUGGAGAAUGUAUUGCCUGUACUUCAGAGCUACGGAAUUGCAGCAAUUGCCCCUUUCUCUCAUCGGCUGACAUUUGAUACCUUGCCUAUGGACAUCCAGCGGCUACGCUGUAAGGUGAAUUUUCAAGCAUUAAGUUUUGUCCCACAUAUAAGAGCACUUGGGGAUGCUCUUAUCAGCCGCCUUCGAUAUCCUUCUAGCAAAAGUGGAGCAAUCGGCACCAAUCACUUGCUGGAGAUGCCUAAUGUGAAAGGCAAACAAGGGGCGGGCAAAUUUGUUGUUCUACAUCUACGAUUUGAUAAGGAUAUGGCAGCUCAUUCAGCUUGUGAUUUUGGUGGUGGAAAAGCUGAAAAGCUGGCUCUGGCCAAAUACAGGCAAGUGCUUUGGCAGGGAAGGGUUCUUAACUCCCAAUUCACCGACAAAGAGUUGAGGAGUCAGGGUCGUUGUCCAUUGACUCCAGAAGAGAUUGGGUUGGUGCUUGCUGCACUGGGAUUUGACAACAGUACUCGUCUCUAUCUUGCUUCCCACAAGGUAUACGGAGGGGAAGCUAGGAUUGCAAAUUUGCGACACUUGUUUCCACUGAUGGAAGAAAAAAAGAGCCUUGCUUCUUCAGAAGAACGUGCCCAAAUUAAAGGGAAGGCUUCUCUGUUAGCUGCACUUGAUUACUACGUCAGCAUGCACAGUGACAUCUUUGUUUCUGCUUCUCCAGGAAACAUGCACAAUGCAUUGGUAGGGCAUCGAACUUACGAGAACUUGAAGACGAUUAGGCCAAGCAUGGGUUUAUUGGGUCAACUCUUCCUUAACAAAAGCAUUACUUGGUCAGAUUUCCAGCAAUCAGUAGUAGAAGGCCAUGAAAACAGACAAGGACAGAUCAGGUUCAGAAAGCCUAAGCAGUCGAUAUACACUUAUCCUGCCCCGGACUGCAUGUGCCAAGCAUGAGAAGAGAUUAUUGUGAUAUUGAAGGACAGAAGGAGGCUACCCUCUGUAUCCGAUUAUUGUAUCACCACAAUAGUAUCUUGUAGUAUUGGUAAAUAAAGCAAUCCCCAUUUCUGUUACUCAGUAUAGGAAUUAUUUUCAAUAGGUGCAAUAGGUGUUCUGUGGAUGGUAUUAGCCUAUUAGGUAAAAAAUAGCGUACAAGGGGGGUUGUACUUGUCAUUGUGUUUGAAUAUUACUGGUUUAUGCACGAUUACUUCUAUACAUAGAAACAUCUUUACUCCAA